AUGGCUGGCUGCAGAUCCGGCGCGGUGGCGGCUGGCUGCGCAUGUAUGCAUGCAUUCACAACAACGGCACCCAAACUCCACACGCUUUCCAGCCAGGGAAGGAAAGGAAAGAAAAAGAUGGCGCCGCCGACGCGCAUCCCGACCGAGGAGGACUUUGCCGGCAUCGAUGGGCUGGUGGUAAAACUAGCGUACCCGUCGCCGCGCGAGUCGACGACGGCGCUACUGCUGCUGUUCCACGGGCUGGGCGACUGGGAGGAGCCGUUUGCGGGGUUCGCGCGGGGGCUGGCGCUGCCGGGCGUGCUGGGCAUCGCGGUGCGCGGCACGAGCCCGCUGCCGCCGGCGCUGCUCGGCCUCUCCGAGGACGACGCCGCCGCCACGGGGGAGGGCACGCGCCACUUCUACUGGGGCGACGACAUCACGCUCGCCGCCGACGGUAGCGGCGACCUCGACCCCGACCCGGGCUUCGCCAAGGCCCAGCGCCUCGUCCUCGACCGCCUCGUACACGACGUGCUCGUGCGCCGCUGCGGCUGGGCCCUGAGCGACAUGCUGCUGUUCGGCUUCGGCGAGGGCGCGUCGCUUGCCCUCGGCCUGGCGUCGCGCGUGCGCCUUCCCUCGUCUCCGCGCGUGAGCGAGGUCCUGGAAGAGACGGCGGAGGCGGAGCCCAGCAGAGAAGAGCAGACGGCGUUCAAGGGCGUCGUUUCCAUCGGCGGGCCGCUGCCGCCGUCCAUGGUGCCGACGCUCGAGGCGCGCGCCAAGGCCCGUACGCCCGUGCUGGUGUGCUACGGCAGCCGCAGCGAGCUCGUCGACGACGACGCCGUCGACCUGCUGCGCCGCGAGUUCGCCGACGUCAAGGCCGUGGUCUGGACCCGCCCCGACGACGGCAUGCCCCGCAGCAGGGACGAGGUCCUGCCGCUGAUGCAGUUCUUCGCCGAGAGGUUGAACAGCGGCUGGCCGUGA